GUGAGAGGGUCUUGUUGUGUUGUCUGUGUGUUCAUAAACACAAACAAAUAACUUUCUGUAUAUUUAUAUCUAUUGCUAAAAUAACUUGGGCUCUGUGACUCUGAAACACCAACACCUGAGAAACAUGGCGAACAACAGAUCAAAUGGUUCAGAUGAGUGGAGGAUUGUUUUGAUUGGGAAGACUGGGGCAGGGAAGAGUUCAGCAGGAAACGUCAUCUUGGGCAGAAAUGCUUUUGAUUCGGAAUUUUCUGCAACUUCUGUGACAUCGAUAUGCAAGAAAGAAAGAGCAGUGGUUGAAGGCCGACAGGUUGCUGUCAUUGACACGCCAGGUCUGUUUGACACCACUUUAUCCCAAGAAGAAGUGAUGAAGAAAGUCACAAAAUGCAUCAAUAUGUCUGCCCCUGGCCCUCAUGCCUUCCUAGUGAUUGUUCAGCUUGGCAGGUUCACAAAGGAGGAGAGAGAAACGGUAAAAAUGAUUCAAUCCACCUUUGGCAAAGAUGCAGCUGAUUACACGAUGAUAUUGUUCACUUACGGAGACAAGCUAAAGAAAAAAACCAUUGAAGAGUUUAUUGAAGAAAGCAAAGACCUGCAAGACAUCAUUAAGAAAUGUAAUGACCGUUAUCAUGUCUUCAACAACGAGAAGGACGACCCGUCACAAGUCAGUCAGCUGCUGGAUAAGAUACAUGAGAUGAUCUUGGCUAACGGAGGGUCAAACUACACCACAGAGAUGUACCGGAAAGCGGAGGAAGAGUUAGAGAAGGAGAAACAACGACUCCUGAAAGAGUCGGAGCCUCAAAUGAACAAAGAGCUGGAGGAGCUGAGGGCCAAGUAUUCUGGGGAGAUGCUGGAGCUGCAAAAAGAAAUUAUGAUGUUGAAAUUUCAGGCUGAAGCUAGACAUCAGGCUGAACAAAGGGCUCCUUUUAAUAUGUCUUUACCGGUUAUGCCCUGUGUAAUCAGUUAAUGAGGAUAGGAUUACUGGUCAGAGCAGACCAAAAGCAACAGCUAGGUAAAAAUCAACUAAAUAUAUUAUCCAAAAAUUUAUGAAACAUGUGAUUUAUUUCAUAAACCUACACUAAUAUGCAGGAUUAUAAUAAAACUGGCACAAGUAACUAUAACGCUUACGUAUAUUAUGUAUGCUUGAAUCCAUGAAUUAAUGGUUGCUAAAUGUUUAAACAUGCACACAGUUAAGAAUUAAGAACAUUCAUGAACACAUUAACUAUCAGCUCAUUGUUGAAUAUUUUGAUGUAUUGUAUGUCGUAUGUAUUGUAUGUGUUGCUAGGUUAAUAACAUGAAAGGAAAUCAAAUAGCACAAAACUAAGUUUGAAAAACAUGUUUUGUGCAUUAUAUGCUUAAAUAUAUAUUCUUGAAAAAGAAUAUAAUACAUGUAAACCGCUUUAAACAGACAAUUAAAAUGUCAGUAAUUCAACAAAUCUGCACAUUUUAGUACAAUCUGUAAUCAGGUUUGUGACAUAUAAAUUUGAUUGAAAGAAUUAGGCUCAAAAAGAGGCUCUAAAAGAUUUGCAUUGAUAAUUAGUAGAUCUAUUGAAUUAACCUAAUGCAAGGUUGAAGGAUGAAUUUGCGUGAUUAAAAAAAAGAUAAAUUAUUAGUGUUUAUUGGCAUGGCAAAAUGUACACAGAAUACACAAAUACCCACACAUAAUAAUACAAAUGAAUGUUUUAAAUGUAGAUUUAUAAACUGCCCAUUGUUUAUAAAAAAAGGUGUAUUAAUAAUGCAUGUGCACAAGUUAUAUUGGAGAGAAACCUUCCAUAAAAUUGAUGUUCAACAUUCAUUAUGGAAAAAAUGCACAUUUAUAAAUUAUGUGUAGGUUUAUGUACCCGGCUUUCAGAAUAAGAGUAUGUUUAAGUGAUUAAUUAAGGGAAAAGUGUUAUUACUACUCAGGCUAAUUGAAUCUGUUGCUGUUGCAAUCUUGUUGCCAUGGUGAUGGAAGGCUGUGAAGGUCAGCAGUCCCGAGGCUGAUGGAGAUCAUCACAAACAUAAUGCUAAUACUAUGGAAACAGUUUGAAUAUUCCAAUGCUUUUUUAUAUUAUCAGAUCCUCAUAAGUACAGCCUGUGACUGAGCAGCUCCUGAGGGUUUUCCAUGUUAAAAAGAACACCCGUAAUCCCUUGCUGGAGGUGCAGAGUGAAGCCUAAAGGGAGGACAUAGAGUUAAAAGGAAAUAAUAUUCUUCAGCAUGUAUCGUUAUCAGGUAAUUUUAUACGAGUUUUCAGUCAUCUGCCGAGAAUUCUCAUCCUCCUCUCUUUUCUUUCAACACUGAUCAGCUCUGUGUUAAUCCUCUCUGUCCAUCUUGAGGAUCAAGUUUCCCCUAAGAGCUCAUUAAAGUUCAUCAAAUGGGAGACAUUGACGUCAACUAUUGGGAAGCAGCUGCAGUUUGAAACAGGUAUCAGCCUCAGAUGUCUUAAAAGCCCCUGUGAGGAAUUUUCAAAUGGUUAUGAAACAAACUGAAAUUGAGAUUUAAUUGUCAAUAUAACCUAUAAAAGCACAGAAAACUGAUCACUUCUAAAGAAGUUAUGUUUAAUGCCUGUAACAGCUGCUGCGGGUAAUGUGUCAGACACACAGACAAUGUGUUGGGCAGCAGUAGCUCAGUCUGUAGGGACUUGGGUUGGGUCACCGGUUCAAGUCC